AUGACGAAAGCGUGGGGAGAGAAGCGGGCCGAUAUCACGAGGCUCUACAUCGACGAGAACAAGACCCUGAACGAGGUCAAGGCGAUCAUGGAAGAGCACCACGAUUUCAAGGCCUCGACCCGAUCAUACCGCCAGCAGUUCGACAAAUGGGGUCUGGCCAAGUACAACUGCAAGAAGCGGACGGCGCGUCGUCGGAGCCAGGAUACUAGCGGCCACCAACUCCACCACCAGAGCACUGGAAAAGACUAUUUCGCUGAGGAAGUCAGCGGAGGAGGAGGAGGGGGCAUUGAUUUCACCAUCGCGGAUCUGCAUGCUUACGACCAGCCCAUGAGUCCUCGGAGCUGUGGCAGCAGCCUGAGCUCCGAGUCGGCAGUGGAUGGCGGCUUCGUGGAUGAAAUAAUUGACGUUACUGGCACGACCACAGGCUCACAAGCUCCUGAUGCGUCGUAUGCAAGAGACUGGCCGCCGCAGCUGCCGUACAGCGGAGGAGCCCGACGGCAGCAGCAGAACAUCUCCUACCCCCAGUACACCCAGCAGCAGCAGAUACAACAGGACCAACAGCACACACAACAACCGCAGCAUCAGCGUCGGUGCCGAUCAUCGUGGAACCAGCAAGAGAUGGCGCAGAGCCCCCAUGGCACGCUGCCCAGCCCGCCCGCGGACCUCCGCGACGACUCUUCGUACUAUCUAUUGUUCGCCAACGAGGCGAGCGCGUCUCACCGGCCCGUCCGCCCUCAGACGUAUCCCGUCCUCCAUCCCAGCCCCCGUCAUCCGGAGAGCUACUUGCAUCAACAGCCCCCAUCCCAGUACCAGUCCCGCCAACGCCAGCAGCAACAGCAGCUGCUGCAGCAACUGCCUCGGUCGCAGAUGUACUCGUCGGCGCCGCUGAUGAGCGCGCUUCGGGAUAGCGCGCCGUACCACGUCGGCGUCGAGUGUGCUACUGUUCGCCAGCCGGCGCAGCAGUAG